AUGAGCGUCGCAUACGAGCCGCGGUCCUUUAUCCACGAGGGCGCAUACCCCUCCAUGGGCGAGGAGCACGACCAUGUUGCCGAGCAGCGAUUUACCGAUUCCGAUGUUGCCGAGCACCUCAGCCAUUAUACCGCAGAGGCAUCGCUGUUGCCGGACGACAGAGGCGUCAUGGGCGAUGAGAGGGACAUGCUGGCAGAUGACGAUGCCGUGGUGCCGGAAGCGUCUCAGCUCGACCUGGGCGCGCCCGAGUUCUCAUCGCCUCUACCAGUGGAACUACAUGCGCCUCCGCUACCAGAGCCCAUACCAGAAAGCAAGGAACCUCUACCGACAGACAUAUCCUCCCCGACACUACGCUUGAAGCAGAUCCCCAAGCCAGAGCGUGAAGUUCACAAGAAGUCAGAUGGAAAAUUCCACUGCCCACUGGAUGACUGCAAAGAGGAAGUCCGCGCAUUCUCUCGCAAGUGCGAGUGGAACAAGCACAUGGACAAGCACGAACGCCCCUAUCGCUGCCCAGCCGAGGGAUGCGAGAAUUUGCCCGGUUUCACCUACUCGGGCGGGCUUCUCCGACACGAGCGAGAGGUUCAUGGGAAGCACGGCGGGCCCAAGAAGACCGUCAACUGCCCGCAUCCCAACUGCAAGCGGCACACUGGCAAGGGCUUCUCGCGACAGGAGAAUCUUAACGAGCAUCUUCGGCGAGUGCACACAAAUCCCGAGGCCACUUCCGCAUCUCCACCGCCCGAGGCCGUCGCGACUCCCGAGGACAACGACAGCGACAAGUCUGGGACGAAGCGCAAGCGCCGCAUGAGCAGCCAGGGCGUCGACGAGCUGUCUGAUCUCCGAGACGAAAUCAAGCGAGUGCGCGAGGAAAACGAAAAGCUCAAGUCCGAGAUGGACCAGCAGUCGCAGCACUCCCUGGCCAUGAUGGCGCAAAUUGCCGAGCUGCAGGACGCGUUGCGUCACAGCCUCAAUCCUCAUGCGCUCGGGGCGCCAACGGCUCAGAUGAUCUAG